ACCCAACGGGGGUCAAUGUCACCCAAUGGGGGUCAUUGUCACCCAAUGGAGACCCAACGGGGGUCGAUGUCACCCAUUGUGGACCCUGCGGGGGUCAGUGUCACCCAACGGAGGUCAAUGUCACCCAAUGGGGACCCAGCAUGGGUCAGUGUCACCCAGAGGGACCCAAUGGGGGUCGAUGUCACCCAACGGGGGUCAAUGUCACCCAAUGGGGGUCAUUGUCACCCAAUGGGGGUCAUUGUCACCCAAUGGAGACCCAACGGGGGUCGAUGUCACCCAGUGGGACCCAACGGGGACCCAAUGCCACCCAACAGUAUUCAGUACAACCCAAAGGGCCCCAACGGCACCCAGUGGGCCCCCAACAAACACCCCCCCACCCCUGGGUGCCACCGGGACCCCCCAGCCCCCCCUUUACGCCCCUCAGGCCUACGAGCGCUCCGAGUCAGAGGAGGUGACCUUCAUCACGCAGCUGGUGAAGAAGCUCCUCAUCAUCAUCUCCCGCCCCGCACGGCUGCUGGAGUGCCUGGAGUUCGACCCGGCUGAGUUCUACCAACUGCUGACGGCGGCGGAGGGGCAGGGGCUGCUGAAGGCCGACAUCCCACGUUACAUCAUCGGGCAGCUGGGGCUGACGCGGGACCCCUUCCCCGAUGUGGUGCACCUGGAGGAGCCCGACAGCGGCGGCUGCAACACCCCGGAGCCUGAGGAGGGGGCUGAGGCCCGCAGCGCUGUCCCCAGACCCAAGAAACCUCCGGGUGAAAACGACUUUGAGACCAUCAAACUCAUCAGCAACGGCGCCUACGGGGCGGUGUAUUUGGUGAGGCACCGCGCCACGCGGCAGCGCUUCGCCAUGAAGAAGAUCAACAAGCAGAACCUGCUGCUGCGCAACCAGGUGCAGCAAGCCUUCGUCGAGCGCGACAUCCUCACCUUCGCCGAGAACCCCUUCGUCGUCAGCAUGUUCUGCUCCUUCCAGACCCGCCGCCACCUCUGCAUGGUCAUGGAGUACGUGGAAGGCGGGGACUGCGCCACGCUGCUGAAGCACAUCGGGGCGCUGCCGCUGGAGUUGGCCAGGCUUUACUUCGCCGAAACCGUGCUGGCGUUGGAGUAUCUGCACAACUACGGCAUCGUGCACCGCGACCUCAAACCCGACAACCUUCUGAUCACGUCGCUGGGCCACGUGAAGCUGACGGACUUCGGGCUGUCGAAGAUGGGGCUGAUGAGCCUCACCACCAAUCUGUACGAGGGGCACAUGGAGAAGGACGCGCGGGAGUUCCGCGACAAGCAGGUGUGCGGCACCCCCGAAUACAUCGCGCCGGAGGUGAUCCUCCGUCAGGGCUACGGGAAACCCGUGGACUGGUGGGCGAUGGGCAUCGUCCUCUACGAGUUCCUGGUGGGCUGCGUCCCCUUCUUCGGGGACACCCCCGAGGAGCUCUUCGGGCAGGUCAUCUCGGAUGAGAUCCUAUGGCCAGAGGGGGAUGAGGCUCUGCCCCCCGACGCUCAGCACCUCAUCUCCUGCCUGCUUCAGACCGACCCCCUGCGCCGCCUGGGGGCGGGCGGUGCCCAGGAGGUGAAGGCUCACAGCUUCUUCAUGGCUCUGGAUUGGACCGGGCUGCUGAGGCAGAAGGCUGAGUUUGUGCCCCACUUGGAGUCAGAGGAGGACACGAGCUACUUUGACACACGCUCGGACCGUUACCCCCACGUCACCUCCUAUGAGGACGAGGACACGACUGAGGACGAACCCGUGGAGAUCCGGCAGUUCUCAUCCUGCUCCCCACGCUUCAGCAAGGUGUACAGCAGCCUGGAGCAGCUCUCGCAGCAGCCGGAGCCGAAGGCAGCCAAAGGACGGCCGAGGGAUGAGGGGAGGCGAGAGGGCAUUGCCAGGGAGCGGGGCUGGCGCACGGCAUCCCCUGAGCUGAAGCGCCCACCCGCUCCUGAGCCCCCCCCAGCUGAAGGGGACAGCAGCCCCCCUGCGGGUGCCCGGCGCCGUUUCUCGGCCCUAUUGGAACCGGGACCCCCCCGCAAUGGGGUCCCCCCCCGCGACAGCCCCCGCCAGAGCACCCCCGAAGAGCCAGGUGGGCGUCGGGGGGUGAUGGGGGACCCCCGUGUGUCACCACCCCCCCCAUCCUAUCGCUGCCACGUCCUCUCUCCUUUAGCUGACCGGGUGCAGCCCCCCCCCCGCACUGAACUGGGGCUACGGCGGCCACGCCACCCUGGGGUGACCCCCGAGGGGGGGGCGGCUGAUAAACGCAGCCCCCGCGGCCCUGGGAAGGUCACCAAAUCAGCAUCGGCCACCGCGCUGUCUGUCAUCAUCCCCAGCGGGGAGGCGGCCGGCUCCUCUCCCCUGGGCAGCCCGAUGUCCCCGCGCUCGCUGUCCUCGGAUCCAUCCUCAAGGGAUUCCUCCCCCGGGAGGGAAUUGGCCCCCGCCGUGGCUGCCCCCCGUUCUCCUAUCGCCAUCCCGAGGCCUGGCAAGAAGUUUGGCUUCACGCUGCGUGCCAUCCGCGUCUACCUGGGGGACAGCGACGUCUACAGCGUGCACCACGUCGUCUGGCACGUGGAGGAGGGGGGCCCAGCGCAGGAGGCCGGGCUGUGUGCCGGGGACCUCAUCACACACGUCAACGGGGAGCCCGUGCACGGGUUGGUGCACACCGAGGUGGUGGAGCUCAUCCUAAAGAGCGGCACCAAAGUGCUGGUGAGCACCACUCCCCUGGAGAACACCUCCAUCCGCCUCGGCCCCGCGCGGCGCCGCAGCGCCCGGGCCAAAAUGGCCCGCAGGAACCGCCGGGGCGGCGCCGGUGGCGGCCACGAGAGGCGGCGCAGCGCGCUCUUCCGGCACCUGGCCCGGCAGGCGUCCCUGCUGCACACCAGCCGUUCGCUGACGUCUCUCAGCCGCUCGCUCUCCUCCUCCGACAGCCUCCCCGCCUCCCCCACGCACGCGCGGGCGCGGGAUCCCGCCCACCCGCCUCGCGCCGCCGAGACAGGGCCGUCCCCGCCCAGCAGCUCCCCGGGCUCGAGCGCUCCCCCGUCGCCGGCUCCGGGCCCGCAUCUCCGUCCCAGCUCGCUGCAGGGCCUCUCCCCGAAGCUGCAGCGGCAGUACCGGGCAGCGCGCUGCAAGUCGGCGGGCAGCAUCCCGCUCUCGCCUCUCGCCCACACCCCUUCGCCGCCCGCCGCCUCGCCUCCCGCCUUCCCCGCCAAGCUGCACGCGAAGCCCGCGGACUCCCCGCGCCUCGCCCGCCGGCCCGGCCCCGACAAGGCCGCUGCCCGCAAGUUGGGCCUCGAACCCCGCAAGGACUUCCCGCCCGAGCCCUCGCUGCACAGCCUGGCCGAGUGGGACGGCGAGAGCCCCGGCGAGGCCCCGCCGGCCCCCGCCCGCCGCCUGGGCCGCCAGGAGCCGCCUCUGCUGCUGGGGAGCGCCGGGGCCGAGGCGGUCCCCAAAGCUCUCAGCCCCGUUCAGGAGCACCGGGCGGUGCCCCCGGUGCCCAUCGUGGUGGUGGGGUCGGGAUCGGCUCCCCCCGCCGCCACCUCCACCCCCGGGGAUGGGGAGAGGGCCCCCACAAAGCGCUGAGCCCCCCCCCCCCCCCCCCCCCCCCCAGCCGCUGUACAUAAUGGGGCCCCUGAGCGUCGCAGGCACUUCUGCACCCCGUGUACACAAAGGGUUAAUACUGUGACACCCCCCCCAGCCCCCCCCCCCCCCCCCCCCCAGCCCUUCUGCUUACCCAGAGUGUCGCUUCCCCCCUCCCCCCCCCCCCCCCCCCUCCCCCCCAGCUCCGUUUUUCCCCUUGCUGAUGUCGCAGCGGUGAUGUCACCGUGGAGGGAGGGGGGUUGAUGACGUCACGUCGCCGAGUUACGUCACCGCUGGCACUCGGGUGACGUCACAGCUCCAGUGGGGGAGGAUGGAAGUGACGUCAUCGCUGUGACAUCACCAGCGGGGCGGCACUCAUAGCCACUGGGGGGAGUGCUGCGUACCGUGUGGUGAUGUCACUGCUGUGAUGUUACAGCACAACCCCAACGCCAUGGAUGACGUCACUGGCCCUUUGUGACAUCCUGACGUCACACCCCCCAUCCCACCCUCCCACCCCCCCCCAUUCUUGCUAUGCAAACGACCCUGGGACGCUGCGGCCCUCUGGGAUUUGGGGCUCAGGGGGUGCGGGGAUCAAUAAAGUGUGUACAGAUCCA